AUGGAGACGCCUGCAGAAGAUCAAGCACCCGUUAUACACUUACCACGGCAAGAAAUGGAUACUCCCAUGACUGAUCGGGAGGGAACCGUGCAACUGACACGACGGGAAUUACAACAAAUGAUGGAAGAAGCAGGGAGGAAGGCGCUGGUAGCCUAUGAGAGGAGAACGGCAACUCCAUUGGAAAAGGAAAUAGCGGGAAAAAGGUUGUUUCAGGAAAGAGUCGAGGUGCAAGACAAUGAAGGAAUGAGUAGACCGGGGGCGAAUAGGAGGGGUCCGCAACCCUCUGAUGUGGGAUCCAGUAGCAGGGCCUUAAGUCGUCCCAGGGGACCAGCCAUAUCUCGUGCUGAGGUGGAUAAUGUUAGUAAGCAAAUAGCCCAGUUAGGAAAGCAAAUAGACGAACUCAAGAAGAGAGGCGAAAUAGUAGCUCACAAUCGUAAUUCGCCAUUUGCUAACCGUAUACUUACUGAACUGGUCAACCCGAGCUUUAGGAUGCCCGACCUCCCGAAGUAUGAUGGAACUCGGGAUCCACAAGAGCAUCUGGCUGCUUUCGAUAUGGUAAUGAAUUUAUAUGGACAGUCGAGCUCUAUAAUCGCCAAGUUGUUUGUCACCACGCUAACGGGAAAGGCCCAAGAAUGGUUUACGAACUUGCCCCCGGGCAGCAUAGAUACGUAUGAGCAACUAGCACAAAAGUUUGCAUUCCACUUUGCGAGCAAGAGAAAACAGAAAAGAUCAGCUACACAUUUAUUUACUAUUCGACAAGGGGAAAAGGAAAGUCUGAAAAACUUUAUGGGACGUUUUAAUAAUGAAACGUUGGAGGUGCAGGAUCUUAGGAUAGACAUGAUGACCAGUAUCCUAAUCCAUGGUUUGAAGAAAGGAGUUUUUGCAUCGGCUUUAGCACGGGACCCGCCAAUAGAUGCAGAGCAGUUGAUGGCAGUGGCGCAAAAAUACAUCGAUGAAGAGGAGAUGAAUGCGAUGAAGGAUGAGGAGUGGAGGGUUACAUCAGAACGAGCAAGAGAUGGGAGAUUCACCAGAGAUCGGGAUGCGCGACCAAAAAAGGAAAAAGAAAGGGAACCUCCUUAUCAGCCGAAAUAUAGCAGGUAUACCCCUUUAAAUAUGACUAGGGCUAAAGCCCUUAUGCUGGUGGAAAAAGAUAAUGUUUUGAUGUGGCCGAGACAUACGAGGAUUACUCCAGCUAAAAGACAUUCGAACAAGUAUUGCCGUUUUCAUCGAGAAAGAGGGCAUGAUACGGAGGAAUGCUAUCAAUUGAAAGACGAGAUAGAGCGACUGGUGCGACAAGGGUAUUUCAGGAGGCAGAACCCUCAUACUUUUGAAGAGAGACGAGAUGGGAGAGGCAGAUCGAGUAGUAGGGACCGCAGGUCAAAUUGGGCAGGGGAGCGAAGGACUCAAACAGUGGCGGAGAACGCGCCUGUGAAAGGCAUUAUCCACACUAUUGCAGGAGGAUCAGAGGGAUGGUCGAGAAGAGCUAGAAGGAGAUUCGAGAGAGAGACUAGGUGGGAGCGACGUAAGCAAGGGGUGCAUAUAGCGAGCACCCACGAGAUCGUAUUUGGAGAUCAAGAUGCAGGAACCAGGGUCGUGACAGAUAACGAUCCCAUGGUGAUACGAAUGGACAUAGCAAACUUCACAGUCCAUAAGGUUUUGAUAGACAACGGGAGUUCAGCAGAUAUAAUAUUUAAGGAGGUAUUGAAUAAGAUGGGGCUUGAUAAUAUAAGGUUGGAGCCAGUCACGAUUCCCCUGGUGGGGUUCGGAGGAAGCGAGGUCGCAUCACUGGGGACAGUGAACUUACCGGUCUCCUUGGGAGAAGAGCCGAAACGUAAAACAUUGAUGGUAAAAUUUCUAGUCGUUGAUAUGCCUUUUGCUUACAAUGUUAUCCUGGGGAGACCUGGGCUUAAUUCUUUCAGGGCAGUUGUAUCAACAUAUCACCUUAAGAUGAAGUUCCCUACUCUAGCUGGAAUAGGGGAGGUUGCGUGCGAUCAGAUAGAAGCCAAAAGGUGUUAA